CCCUGACGCGCGUGGCGCCUCCUCCAUGCAUGCCGUGCCCCCUCGCUUGAAGGCUGUUUUUUCUUUUUCCGUACUCCGUACUCUAUGUAAUUACCUAACGAGCUAACCUACAUCGCCGCCAUUGUCGCACCGCACCGCACCGCACCGCAUGCACGCAUGUACGCAUGUACGAAGCCGUAGCAAUACAUACCCACGCACCGGCAAAUCAGACCAGACCAAACCAGACCAAACCAGACCAGACGCGGCACACCGACCGCCCGGCCAGGCCAGCAAGCAGAAAAGCAGACUGGAAGCACGUGCCGCGGCGCGCCGGCCAGCGACCCGGCGGGGGACGAGGCCAACCACGCCCAUGCCCCGGGCAGGGCAGCACGAGGCAUGUCUCAGCCAUCUAUCCAUCUGCACCAAACAGAUGCAUGUUCUUUUCCCCAGUUCAGGCAGCGAGUGGGGUGGGGUCCAAGAAGAGGGACGGUGGGUGGGUAGGGAGGUAUAUAUAUGUAUACGUGCGUGUAGCACGCGCGCGCGCGGGCGGUAAGUCUGGUCUGGUUUGUGUUUGGGUGGGUGAGCGAGCGAGCUUGUUGUCUUUCUUUGACUUUCUCUUGGCUCUUUACGUUUUUCCGUCUGUUGUUUGUUUGUUUAUACUGCCUGCCUUUCUGCCAGCCUGCCUAAUAUUUUCGUUUGCCGGGUAUUACCACUUCAUUUCACUCCACUUCCCUCUGGCCUCGUUGUUUCUUUUCCUUCCUUCUUUCCUCCGCACACCUCACCCCACCCCACCGCUACCCUUUGCCUUUUCCCCGUGCGUACAUACAUGAUGUUCCGGCGCGGAGAUUCUCAACGGAGCAUACAAGGUACAUCCGUGCACAUGCGAGCGACGACCCCCCAGCAAGUCGGAAAUGAAAGAGAAAGAGAAAAAAAGAAAGAAAAAGAAAAAGAAAAAGAAAAGGCAAGAGGAAGAGCGAAAAAGAAAGCAAAAAAAAAAAAAAAAAAAAAAAAAAAAAAAAAAAAAAAAAAAAAAAAAAAAAAA